AUGCCUGACCGCGCCAACUCAUUUCCCAAACAGAAUGGCCACCAACCUGAAACGACACGCUACCAGUCCGGAUUCCCGAAUACCAUGUGGGGAGAACCCAACGACUUUGUGGGCAGCGCACCCGCCCAAGACCGUAACGCAUUUGACAAAUAUCGUGCAGCACUGGCAAAUGGCGGCCAGGCUCCAGCCGGCAGCCCCUUUGACCGGCAGUACCAAGCUUAUAAACAGCAAGAUGAUACCGCAAAAGUAGUCCGCGAGAAGUACAAGAAGUUUUCCACUUCAUAUAAACCACCCUCAAAGGAUCAGAUUGCCCAGAGCCCUCAAAGCUAUGCAGGACAACCAAAGGCGACGCAGGACUGGCAUCAAUCUGCUGCUGCAAAGGCGGGAGAUGCUGGAGAUGCGUUUCAGAGGUAG